AGGAGAUCUGAUUAACACCAGAGAGAUAAGGGACUAUCGUGGAUCCUCUGGGGAGCCUCAACAACCUCAUGAUGCUGACAUGGCAGAGAAGAGUUUCUCCACAUCAGAACACCUCAAGAAACACCCGCAGAUAUCCACAGGGAAGAAACCUCACUGCUGCUCUGACUGUGGGAAGAGAUUCACCUCCUCAGCAGGCAUUAAAAUUCAUCAGAGAACACACACACGAGAAAAACCUUAUAGCUGUACUCAAUGUGGGAAGAGUUUUACUCAGCUAAGAAGCCUGAUAUCACACCAGAGAACACACACAGGAGAGAAACGAGAGAAACCAUAUAGCUGUGAUGAAUGUGGGAAGAGUUUUUAUACAUCUAGACAUCUUACUGUACACCAAAGAACACACACAGGAGAGAAACCGUAUAGCUGUGGUCAAUGUGGGAAGAGUUUUACUCAGCUAAGCAGCCUGAUAUCACACCAGAGAACACACACAGGAGAGAAACCAUAUACUUGUGCUGAAUGUGGGAAGAGUUUUGAUACAUCUAGCCAUCUUACUGUACACCGAAGAACACACACAGGAGAGAAACCGUAUAGCUGUACUCAAUGCGGGAAGAGUUUUGCUCGGCAAAGCAGCCUGAUAUCACACCAGAGAACACACACAGGAGAGAAACGAAAGAAACGGUAUAUUUGUGAUGAAUGUGGGAAGAGUUUUGUUACAUCUAGCCAUCUUACUGUACACCAAAGAACACACACAGGAGAGAAACCUUAUAGCUGUACUCAAUGCGGGAAGUGUUUUUUUACAGCUAGCCAUCUGAUUCGACACCAGAUAACACACACAGGAGAGAAACCGUAUAGCUGUGAUCGAUGUGGGAAGAGUUUUACUCAGCUAAGCAGCCUGAUAUCACACCAGAGAAUACACACAGGAGAGAAACCUUAUAGCUGUACUCAAUGUGGAAAGAGUUUUACUCACCUAAGCAGCCUGAUAUCACACCAGAGAACACACACAGGAGAUAAAGCGUAUAUCUGUGAUCGAUGUGGGAAGAGUUAUACUCAGCUAAGCAGCCUGAUAUCACACCAGAGAACACACACAGGA